CGUCAUAUCCAACCCCACCCCGCACGGCGAGCCGCCUGGCAACAUGAAAUAGAGCGAGAGCAGGAAGAUCUGCAGCAGCCAAGAGAUCAACUUGGACACUCUGGACAUACAAACUUCCAGAAACAACGCUCAGUCGCACAAUGGAGGAUGCAGUGAAAGGUUCCCAGUAUCAUCCGGACUCAGACCCAGAGGUGGGAGAAGAUGCAGCGACAUCCGUCGGUCCCUUCCCCCCUCCCCCCGCCAUGACAGAGGAGGAGCAGCAGGAGCUACAAGAAGCGUUGGUCAAGGUUGAGGAUGAGAUCCUGACUCUGUCCCAGGUGCUGGCGGCCAAGGAGAGGCACCUGGCAGACAUGAAGAGGAAGCUGGGCAUCACACCUCUCAAUGAGCUGAAACAGAACUUCACCAAGACCUGGCAGGAGGUCACCACCUCCACCGCCUAUAAGAAGACAUCUGAAACAUUGUCUCAGGCAGGUCUGAAGGCCACGGCAGCGUUCUCCACUGUGGGCUCGGUCAUCACCAGGAAGCUGGAGGAUGUCAGCACACGCUCAGUACAACACUCCGCUAGUAUGCCUGUCAUGAGGAAUGCAUCAACUUUCAAGUCAUUUGAGGACAAAGUGGGGACUUUGAAGACCAAGAUGAGUCCACCAGGGUCUUCCGGCAUGCCCGACCAGCAGGAAAGCGUCGUCGCCUUCACCGAGACUUCGAUCAGUCAGCCCGACGACUUGGCCACCCAGGAGACGCUGAUGAACUGAGACCUCCUGACCUCCCGCCCGCCCCCCGUCACUUGACCCUCUCUAACCCCUGGACCGUAAACACUCGCCCCCUAAACUCUUGUGUGCCAGUCUUCCUUUAUCGGAAACAAGUGACUUCCCACAGCUUGUGAUCUAAUUGUCUGGUCUUUUUGUCUGACACGUGCGUUCACUGGUUGAUUGGUGUGGAAACUGAAGGCGCGGGCCGGGUGCAGCAUGUGGUCUCGUGUCGAUCGUAUAUGUUAUCGUCUAUUCUGGCUCACUGUGGGAGAAUUCCUCCCUGCUGUAGGACUUUCCUUUUCUCCGUAUCCUUUUAUUUGCCUUCCUUAUUUCUCCGCUUUUAUCCAACGAGCAAAACUUGGAUGCCAAACAUGCUCCAAUAUAAUUUUUCUUCAUCAAAUUAACACUGUUGCGUACUUUGUUUGAGUGUAGAACAUUGCACAUAUAUAACAUUUUACAAACUUGAUUAGAGAAGGAUUUAUACAUAACAAGUUAUUAUCAUAAGCCCUUGUUGUGUUUUAGGACACCACACGAUCAUAAAGUAGUUCAGAGUAUGAAUGUAUGCCUUCUUCUGUCAUAUAGGGACACCACUUUGUUUACUUCAUCCCACAGCACUGAGUCACUCAGCCACCCACUCCAAAGCUGGUCUCUUAAAAAAAACACACACACACACACUUUAGAAUAAAAAGCAUCCCUUUUACCAUUGUUCUGAGUCUGUCAUAAAAUGAUCUCCACGCUUAGAUAGUUACAGGAAAACAGCCGAGAUCAGCGGAACAGCGGCAGAGCAAACACACAGUCAAGGUUCAGCCUUGACCCGAGGUGAGAGUGGGAUGAAUAUGUCUCCUCCAGAGUCAAUAUUGAAACACUUGCCCAUUGUUUCUGCUGGGAGGUAACACCUAGUCGCUCCCCUUUCUGUCAUCCAUUUGAAAGCAAGGCGAGCGACUCCGCUGGCUGUACUUGUGUAUAAUAAUGGUGGAGAAGAGAAGGUAUCCAAGUUUGACAUCAUUUGUCUUUCGUUUGGUUGGUCCACCACUCUGUUCCAGACUGAAGGAUCUUUACAACAUUCACGUCCGUCUCAGGAUUAUUUGUAAUAACUUUGUAGAUCCCUGAACUUUUCAUUCUAGCAACAUGAUCCAGUCCAAUCGUUUGGUUUAUGACCUGCAAAAGGAAGGACAUUCCCAUCAGCCUCAGCUGUAAUUUGUGUUCAGUGCUAAUGAUCGAAUGUUAGCAUGCUUUCCUUGGAUGGUGAACAUGGUAAACAUUACAGCUGCUUAACAUCAGCAUGUUUUGGUUUUUGAUAGCAUGCUGACGUUAGCAUUCCCCUCUACCUAAUGCAUGCUUAUAGCAAGGCUGGAGGCUCUUAGCCUGGUUACUCCUAAAUGUUCGGUUUGGAGACGUUUCAUAGGGAAUUGCACACAAUGAUCAAAAUCAGCUGCUUUUGAUAACUGCAGGAUUUACAGUAUUUUCUAAAAAUUCUGCUUUCAUACAUAUCCAAACUAUCAAACAGUUACUCUCACCACAGUUGUCUAAUAUGCACAGGGCUACUAAAUGAAACCUGAAGGUCAAACGGAGUCAACCAGAACACAGCCAUGUGUCCUCUGCUACACACAUGGAAGACACAAGGACUGAAGGCAUUUUUUUUUCUAGCACUUGUCCUGGACACACAGGACUGGGCUGGUACAAGUCUUCCCCUGCUGGUGGACAAGUGAAUACUCAUGAAUGUGAAUCAGCUCUCCCACGUCAUUGUUAGUGCCGCACUUUGACACCCAAACUGGAUCAGCACCCAGCAAAUAAAUCGCAAACAGGCCAAGGGGGAUUUCUGCUAUUAAGAUCUUGUUUUCAGCCGCCAUGACAAUCUUUAGCUGUGCAGUAUCUCAUGUCCUCAUGGUGAGCCAUGACCUGGUUCACUGAGAGAAUGUAAUAUCGCCUUUUGUCUCAGACGUGAGGGUGUUAUUUGUAUUUAGUCAUACAUGACACACACACACAAUUAGUUUGUUCUUAAAUUGGAACCGUGGCAUGAAGACAUGCUCUAAUUAAAAUGACCUCUGAAGAAACCUU